AGGCUGGUCUGCACCCAGUGGCGCUACGUGGUAGACCUGGCCACCCUCUGGAAACGCAAGUGCCAGCGAGAAGGGUUUUACCUCCAGAGUUUGGACAGGACCGUCUCUGACUGGAAGAUCUUCUACAUGCUCUGCAGCUUGAAGAAAAACUUAAUCAAAAACCCCUGCGCAGAAGAGAAAUUUCAGCACUGGAAAAUUGAUAAAAACGGAGGAGAUAAAUGGAAGAUUGAGAACCUGCCUGGAGCUCAUGGAAACAGCAUACCAGACCCCACAGUACACAAAUACUUUGUCACUUCAUAUGGGUCAUGCCUCAAGUCCCAACUCAUCACCCUGCAAAAUGAAGGAUACUGGAACCAGUUGAUGGAUGAGACACGGCCUGAAAUUGUAGUCAAGGACUGGUACGCCGCCAGGUUUGACUGCGGGUGCCGCUAUGAACUCACCGUCAGGCUGCUUUCUGAAGACUACAUUGUCCUGGAGGAGUUCCACCCUGAGCCCGUGGUCAUAGAGCAGUGGAGUGAUGCCACGUGGAGAGAGAUUUCUCACACCUUCCAGAACUAUCCAGCUGGGGUUCGUUACAUCUGGUUCCAGCACGGGGGCCAGGACACCCAGUUCUGGGCAGGCUGGUACGGGGUGCGGGUGACCAACAGCAGCAUCACCAUCGGGCCCUGA